AUGGGGGACCGACCUCAGGACACCGACGCAGGUGUGAAGAGCGGGCGAUCAGCAACAGGAAAAGCAACCACUCGGUCACAAGCUGCGAAUUUUGUUUCGCCCCCCGGAUCCAAAACACCACCGAGUAUGCCGAGCAAGAGAACAAUCUUAUAUCCGGAUAAUACGGGCAAUCAGCCUCGUGAAUUGGAGGGGUCGGAGCCGGUAGAUUCGGUCGCGCUGACCAAGGCGCUAAAGGAUUUCGAGGGUGCUGGACGACAGAGGGAAAUCACACCAGGAACAAGUCCGUGUCGAAAGAGACAACGGGUCUAUGGCGAUCGUUUCAUUCCAAAUCGUGAUGGACAAGAUCUUCAAGCAACGUAUAGUUUGCUUCAUGAGGAUGGAUGUCCGUCCACACCAUCAAAGACAAAGAGACGAGCCCCUCACUCAGAGCUUCAUUUCCAGAAGACUGAGGAGGCAAAUCGAACAUUCUCGCGUGUGUUGCGAAGCGAGCUGUUUGGGAAUACAGUUCCUCAGCCCGAUCUCCUUUCAACAAUAUCCGACCCUUUAAUUGGAUUGAGUGGCAUCAACGACAAAACAAGAUCACAUACACCACCUUCCCUUCUUUCCGCCAACCUUCCGCCCGCCAGUAUCACCCCUUCAACCCCACACAAGAACCUUUUCAAUUAUGGCCCAAGUCGGCCCGGAUCUAAUCAUCCGACACCUUCGAAAACUCCCCGAAGUGCCCAUGGUCCGAAUCUCGAUGUCCGUUCUGAACUUUACAGUUUGUCACCUAUUCGAUACGAUAGUGCGCGAAUCCUUGAAACUCCACGCAAGCAACCCCGAUACGUGAACAAGGUGCCUUACAAGGUCCUUGAUGCUCCAGAUCUCCAGGAUGACUUCUACCUCAACCUUGUGGAUUGGGGCAGCAGUAAUGUUUUGGGCGUGGGUUUAGCCAAUUCAGUCUACAUGUGGAACUCUCAAUCUGGACGAGUCACCAAGCUUUGUGAGCUCAAGGAUGAUACAGUAACCAGUGUCAAUUGGAUACAAAGAGGUACUCAUCUUGCCAUCGGAACAGGCAAGGGAUUAGUACAGAUCUGGGAUGCCGAACACUGUCGCCGGUUACGCACAAUGAUCGGCCAUACGAAUCGUGUUGGUGCUCUAGCAUGGAAUGACCACAUUCUCACCUCAGGAUCUCGCGAUCGCCUCAUUUACCAUCGUGAUGUCCGUUCUCCGGAUCAAUACAUCCGGAAGUUAUCUGGCCACAAGCAGGAGGUCUGCGGUUUGAAAUGGAACACUGAGGAUGGACAGUUAGCAUCUGGUGGCAACGACAACAAGUUGAUGGUUUGGGACAAGCUGAAUGAGACUCCCUUGUAUCGCUUUUCGGAUCAUUGUGCCGCUGUGAAAGCCAUUGCAUGGUCGCCUCACCAACAUCAUCUGCUUGCAUCAGGUGGGGGUACCGCAGAUCGUACAAUCAAGUUCUGGAAUACAUCAACUGGAUCGAUGAUCAAAGAAGUGGACACUGGAAGUCAGGUCUGCAACCUUUCAUGGUCCAAAACUUCAGAUGAGAUUAUUAGUACCCACGGAUACAGCCAGAAUCAGAUUGUCAUCUGGAAGUAUCCUCGUAUGGAGCAGAUUGUCUCACUUACAGGCCACACGUUCCGUGUAUUGUACCUCGCAAUGAGUCCCGAUGGUCAAACGGUUGUGACGGGUGCCGGUGAUGAGACGCUCCGAUUCUGGAAGAUCUUCGACAAACGAGCUACAAGAGAGUCACGACGAGAAGGCAGCAAAUUGUCAGAAUGGGGCACCAUUCGCUAA